GCAGCACAUGGUGGGGAUUUGUCUCGCGAUCUGGCCGCGCCGCACUUUCCCAUUGCAUGCAUCGCAACGCAACAACGUAUGUUGCUGCUUCCAACUGCUUCCGACAUGGUGAUCUUGUUUAGUGUGUGAAAUGCUGAACUGCUCAUGACUGAGUCUCGCAUCUUUGAAUUUUGAUUAGCAUCGUUGAUACGUCGAUAGAACCGAUCGAAGGAAAAAUGUCGGAUGAAAACAGAGGACCCAUCCCGCCCCGCUGGCUCAACUGUCCGCGCAAGUCGAUGAAGCUGAUCCUAAACAAGUUCCUGGCUUUCAAGACGCCCCUAUCGUCGGCCUUCAACAGCCAAGUGCCCGAGGAGUGUCGCUUCAACGUGGACAUGCUCUUCGAAUACUUGAAGAGUCAGAAAUUGAAGUUGGGCCUGUGGAUAGACCUGACAAACACGACGAGGUUCUACGACAGGAAAAACGUGGAGGAGCAUGGUUGUAAAUAUUUGAAACUGCAGUGCCGUGGCCACGGCGAGACCCCGUCAGAAGAGCAAACUCGUACCUUCGUGCAGGUCUGCAAGAACUUCAUCGCUCACAAUCCAUUGGAGAUCAUCGGUGUGCACUGUACUCACGGCUUCAACAGGACUGGCUUUCUCAUAAUCAGUUAUCUAGUGGAAACAGAUGGUACCAGUGUUGACGCAGGGCUAGCAGAGUUUGCCAUUGCGAGACCACCCGGGAUUUACAAGGGUGAUUACAUACAGGAACUGUACAGGCGAUACGACGAUGUGGAGGAUGUACCAGCUCCUCCGCCAAGACCGUCGUGGUGCUUGGAGUGUGACGAUUUAAAUAUCGAGGACACGGACGAGGGACCAAGUGCAGCAAACGGAAACUGUGACCAAGAAGCACGCGGCAAGAAGAAGAAACGUGAAUUCAAUAACAAGAAUCCAGUGUUUAUGGCUGGUAUACCUGGCGUUACGCCUAUUUUGGACAAGGUGAGACUGUCGGGUAUCCAAAAGCGUGUUCAGGAGAUCUGUGCAUGGGAGUCUACAGGGUUUCCUGGUUCUCAACCUGUGUCCAUGGACAUUGACAAUAUCAGACUGUUGCACACGAAGCCGUACAGAGUAUCAUGGAAGGCAGAUGGCACGAGGUAUAUGAUGUUGGUACAAGGGGACAAGGAAGUAUACUUUAUAGACAGAGAUAAUAGCGUCUUUGAAGUAAAUGGAUUGACUUUCCCACAUCCACGAGACACAACGCGAUGUCUGAGAGACACUCUAAUGGAUGGCGAAAUGGUGAUUGAUAAGGACAAGGACAAAGAUAUUCCCAGAUACUUAGUAUAUGAUGUCAUUAUGUACGACGGACAGGAUGUUAGCAAAUUACCGUUCCAUCCUGACCGUUAUUCCAUUAUCGAGCACAAGGUAAUUGCCGGCAGACUGAAAGCGAUGCAGGAGCGACGAUUGGUGAAGGAACGAGAGCCCUUCUCAGUACGACUGAAGUACUUCUGGGAUGUAACGCUGAGCCGAAAUCUAUUGGGCGAGAAGUUCGCUAGCCAGCUUUCUCACGAACCGGACGGCCUAAUAUUUCAGCCCGCUAAGGAGAAGUAUUGUACGGGAACGUCGCCGGAGGUUCUAAAAUGGAAGCCGCAAUCAUUGAACUCCGUGGACUUCCGAAUGAAGAUCGUUACGGAAUCGGGCACGGGGAUACUGCCGCGGAAGGUCGGUCAUCUUUAUGUCGGCGGAUUGAAGACACCGUAUGGCACGAUGAAGAUCACCAAGCAGCUCAGAGAACUGGACAACGCGAUCAUCGAGUGCAAAUUCGAGAGUGGCCAGUGGAUCUUUAUGCGCCAGAGAACGGAUAAAUCGUUUCCCAAUUCCCUCAGUACCGCCGAGUCUGUAUGCAAGAGCAUCGUCAAGCCGGUUACGAAGGAAUGGCUCUUGGACUUCAUCGAUAAGUACAGAUUUGUGCAGGAUGAUUCGGAGCUUAUGCCACCACCAAACAAAAGACAAUGUUUGCAUCGCACCGUGUUGCUGUGGCACGCAAGAGAUUUCACGACAAACGAUCGCAAGUCUCUGCGCGUUAACAUAGAAUUUGAUCAUGCAACUUUGAUACGUUGGUCCCCAGAUGGAAAGGCAUUCAUCAUCCACAAAGCAAUGGCCAAUGUCAUCGAAGUAUAUAAAAUCACGAAGAAAUCGGACGGUUACAUAGCGUCUGCGACAAAAGCAUUGGAAUUCCCGCGGCGUCACACCGAGGAUGUUGUCGGAAUGGAUAUCGCGUGUACCGGAAAAUACAUCAUCACAUGCAGCAAAGCGAACGAUCUUAUUAUAUGGGACUUGAAAGGACAAUCCCUAGCGACUGUGGAGAUGCACUUGGGAUCUACUCAUCGCGCGCGUAUAUCACCCUGUGGUCGAUUCGUUGCUGCCUCUGGCUUUACACCGGACGUGAACGUGUGGGAAGUGGUGUUCAGUAAAUCCGGAGAGUUCAAACAGGUGUCCAAGGCAUUUGACCUUGCCGGACACACGUCUGGAGUUCACGAUUUCAGUUUCAAUGCUGAUAGCAGUCACAUGGCUACCGUGUCCAAGGAUGGGACUUACCGCUUCUACGAUACACAAAUCGAGUUCGUAAAGGGAGAAGAUCCGCACCUUUUGAUGACCGGUAGUUGGGACACCACGACUCCAGCAAGCCUCGUUUUAUCCCCGAACGCGGAGGUCCUAGUGAUUGCGCAUGGAUCUUCUGUAUCCUUUUAUUCCACUGUUACCGGCGUCCUGGAUACCACUAUAGAAGAUAUCUUUCUCGGACCAAUAACAUGUUUGGCUUUUGACGCUAUGGGAGAGUAUCUUUUGGUUGCGGGCGACAAACAUGUCAAUAUUUUUCGCAAUAUCGCCGGGUACCGAACCGCGAUAGAGACCGCUAAACGCAAACUGACGCAGAAACAGACGCAAGCGACGAAGGAACGUCUUGAAAAGAUGAUUCACGAUAACAAGGAGUUGCUCACGAAGAUGGGAGAGAAAUGUCCAGAGUGACGUUAACUCGUUCCUCUGUGUUACUCUACGGCGCACCAAAAUAAAGAUAAAGAUAAAAUAAAAUUGUUCUCCUUUGGGAUCCAAUUGCUUUCUAUCAUGUAAAAAUAUAUGAAUUUUUCAUAUUUUCUGCAAAUAAAACUAAUUUUCAUAUGCAUAAAA